AUGGAUCAGGUUCGAGUACAGACCGAACAGCUUCGUAUCGAAGCACAAGUUUCACGGAAGAAAGUGUCAGAGGUCUCAAAAGAUUUAAUAGAAUAUUGCGAACGGGAGAAGCAGCAUGAUAUGCUCGUCAGUGGACCUAUCGAUAAUCACAAUCCAUUUCAGGAAAAGAAAUCUUGUGCUGUACUUUAG